AUGACUGCUCCAACCAAGGCGUGCGCUGAUCUAUAUCGCCCACCACAAUACACCCACAAAAGCUGCCAUGCAUCAACCCUUUCUCUCGCUACCCACCCACAUGCCAUUCCUUGGGAAACGUUUGUCUUACAACUGGUUCCCGAUAGACUACUUGUUCAACCGAUAGCGCACCACUCCACGGCCUACUGGUUUCUCCACCAGGCUGUCAUUACAUAA